AUUCCUACCGGAUGAUCUAAAUGUGGAGCUAUCGUUUGUAGUGUUUUAGUUCAUUCCAACAUCACAAUUCUCUGUCCCACUAACCCCUUUUACUCCAGAACGGUGCAAUACCAUGUCUACGCCGGCUCCGAGUGGUGUAAAAGAUGCCAUGAGCGGCAACGCCGUCAAGCCAGACUUACAGGUUCCCAUUGCCAAAGCUCGGCCGCAUCGCCAGCGCCGACCAAAUUAUAAGCACAUCCACCGUCAUUCUCUUCCUUUAACUGUCCAUCCCUUGCCUCCUUUGCUACCCCAUAACCCCUUGUCAAUCAUCAGCAUUGCCCUAUCCUACCUUACCUAUCUUAUUUCUCCACCCUAUCGUGAGACAUAUUCUGCAUAUUUUGACCCUACCACAUCCUCUGUCCACGUGGUGCAUCCGAAAGCGAUUCGUGCCUUGUGGGAGAUGGGCUUCUUUGGUAAAGGAAGUCUGAGUAGAAGUGAACCUACUUGGUUGGAGCGCGAGAAGAAACGGAGAGGCUUGCUAGCGUUAGAUACCAGCGAGGAAGCUACUGGAAACAGACGAACUGAACGUCGGGAAUGGAAGUUAGAACGGGCGAGGAAGGAAAAGGAAGCGAUUGCCGAGCAGCUGCGAGCCGAAGCGGCUGCGCGCCCGAGCAAGGACGCCAUUGCAGCCCAACCCACUGAACAGGUGUCUGGUUCAGAUAUUCAUAUUAAUGGUUAUCUUAACGCCAAAAGUCCCAACAUGGGUCGCAGCUCAGUUCGGAAUUCGGCUUCACUGUCGAGUCACAGCGCGGUGAGAGAGGACGUUGAGAACUCAGCGGUCAAUGGAACCAAAAUUGUACGGUUCUCAUCAGAAGUAGAUACUAGAAAGUAUGAGAAAGAAGCAAUUUUGGAACAACCAUCCAAGCUUGAAAAGCUCGAUUCCUCGAAAGUUCAAGAUGAAGAGCAUCUUCAAUUAUCCAAUGAGGAAGCCUUUUUCCUUGCCUACGGACUUGGUGUUCUUCAAGUCUACGAUCAUAAUAUGAGUUCUGUUCUACCUAACUCUCACCUUCUAUCCUUAUUUCGUCGCCAUUCCUACUUUCCACCCCGUGAUGAGCUCAUGCAUCUGGAGCCGGAUGACCGCUUCAUCGUCUCUUACGUUGCUUAUCAUCAUUUCCGCUCUCUUGGAUGGGUUGUUCGCUCGGGGGUCAAAUUUGGUGUCGAUUUCCUACUCUAUAAUCGGGGCCCGGUGUUCUCUCAUGCAGAGUUCGCAGUCGUGGUGCUGCCUGCCUAUGAACAUCCGUACUGGAGUGAAACUGAAGAGAGACGGGCGGCCGUCGCGAAGAAACUCCCACAUACGUGGUGGUGGCUUCAUUGCGUAAACAGGGUUCAGGCUCAAGUUAAGAAGACUCUGGUCCUGUUAUAUGUGGAAAUACCGCCGACCGCUCCAGAACCCCAAGAUAUGUCAGGAGAACUUGAUAUUGGAGCACUUUUGAAAACAUAUGCAGUCCGCGAAAUGACCAUGAGGCGUUGGGUUCCAAAUCGGAGUCGGGAUUGA